GGUUGGCAGAAGUUAAGCUUGCUUACACUUCAGGAAAUCCGCCUGUUUACACUUCAGGAAAUCAGCUUGCUUACACUUCAGGAAAUGUGCUAAGCUUAUUAUGCAAGAUAACGGAAACAAAGGGGGGGAUGUUGCACCUGCUCGGCCACCACUCGGUAGGGGCUGAUGCAAGAAUAAGAGGGUAUAAAAGCUUUGCCAGCCGUGCUUCUGCGCGGCAGUUUGGAAUCGGCAUUACUCUGUAUAUGCUGUCUGUCCGCCUUUCUUACUGCAGUCUGAAAUAAACCUGUGUUUUGCUCUAACUGUUUGGACUCCGAGUGGCGAACCUGGCAAGUUCCCGGAGGUAACUGGCAUUGCAAAGCUACAGCUAAGAAGAAUUGGUAGCCAGACCAACAGGCAUUUACGAAAUGAUGAUGUGAUAUUGCUGUUUACUUCCAACUAGAAUAAUGGGCCCACUAUUUCUGAAAAUAUAAGAACUUAACAGCAUGAUGGACCGGAACAUGAGUUCAUCUGACUCUAGCUUACAGACCAAGAACUUUGAACUCCAGGGACCACAUUUGGAACAGCAAUUUUCUGCAACACGUGGCUUUUCUCAAGACCAUGCACCUACUCAGAAUCUUUGUGUUUAUCCUGGAAAUAACCAAACCUUAAAUAGUCCAUCUAAUACUAUGACUGCAAAAACGCUGCCUUUGCACAGUACUGGAGCUACCAGUGCCUUACAGCCAUUCCAUCCUAAACGACCAAUAGUUGCUAAACCAUCUUUGUCAUUUGGCCAGAUGACAACUGGCAUCAUUCAGAAUUCAUUUGUGUUGGGAACUGUAUUACAUGGUAAUACUGGAAAUUCUGUACAAAAUAUACCUCAAAAAAGAAUGAAUCCCUAUAAAGUAAUGGGAAAUCAAUCCCAACAAAUUUUUUCUAAUUCUGUAAGAACUCCAGGAUAUCAGCAAGUUUGCAAAAAUAAUUCAUCACCAAAAAGCCCGGCAGCAGUUCAUUAUUACGUGAAUGGAACUUUCUCUAAAAUGGGUGCUGCAGUACCUCUUAAUUCUUCACCCAGCCAUUAUUUACAUCCUCAACAGAACUUUUCUUGUGUUGUUCUCCCUGUUGGCCAAAAUAAUCCUAAUCAAAUAAAUGGCCAGAAUUCAAACAUGACAGGAACUGUACAGUCACAGCAGUAUGCUUCUGAACAUAUAAAUCAUGUACCAUACAAUGCAUCUACUUAUAAUCACAACAGAAAUGCAACUCAGGUUUCACUAUGUACUGUGCCUAAUCAAGUUACCAAUAAAAACCUGCGAGCACCACCAGCCUAUCCUGUCCAGCCUAUACAAACCAACUACGGACAGCUUUCGUUACCACAACCAGCUGCAAAUAUGUCUGCUGAAAACCUGCAAAAUUAUCACAGUCCCAUACCAAAUCUAAAUGGUACUUCAUAUUCUGCUUAUUACAACCAGAAGGGCCAAAUCUCUAGAGAAACAAAUAUAGUAGGGAGCACUGCCUAUAAUGUAAAUGAACAAGGAUCUGAAAAUCAGCUUUCUAAUGAAUCAUCAAAAUUAUCAGUUGAUUUCUGGGAGAACCCAUUAAACAACAUGCAAGCAACAGGAAUACGUUGUGCUGAUGGAGUCUUAACACAACAGACAAGUCAAACUUUGGAACUACCAAAGAAUCUAAACAAUCUAGAAAACAUUUCUGAAACCCGCUCUAAAAAUAAAACUAAAAUAACAAAAGAAAGUCUAGAAGUGGAUUAUAAAAAAAUUCUGAAAAUACAACAUGCCUUAUCAAAGCUUGGAGAAAUUUAUAAUAGAAAAUGCAAAAUGUUUCUGUCUGCAGAACAGAAUGAGCAGGCUGCUGCUCACAACCAAAAUCUUAACCAAUCUUCUCCUGGUAAUAUUACUCAGAAUCAGCCUUCACAUGUUGCCAAUCCAGUGCUACAAUUUUCUUCACUUGAUGCCACUCAGAAUCAGUCAUUUUCUCCUGCUUCCUCUGAUUCUAGUCAGAUUAAAGAUAUUCACUUAUUACCAGUUUUACGGAGUUUACUUGAAGGUACUGCUGAUGAAAAUAUGAUACUUAGUGCUUGCUUAGCAAAAGACUCUACAGAUCAAAAUAAACAAUUGGCCAUUGAUGGAAGCUCAUCUGGCAGUAGUGAUAAAUCUGAAUACAAUAUUAAAAAUCCUGUUAAUCCAAAAUCCCAUCUAUCUGAAAUGAAACCUACCCAAGAUCCUUUACCACACAUGAAAAAAAAUAAUUCAUUUCAUCAUUUUAAGAUCAAUAAAGAUGCAAUAGACACUCUUCAUCAUUACUUUAAUCGCAAGCUUCAGAGUUUAGUUCAAAGUCCAACUACUUCGUGUGGAUCUUUAUCAAUGAACAAAGGAAUAAAAGAGAACACUGAGGGAUCCCAUCAGAUGCCAUCCAUAUGUCCUACAUUGAUGCAAAAAUCUGUGAAAAAUAUUAACAUUGGGAGUGAACAUAUUUCUGAUGCAUCUAGUUCAGCUUCUGUUCUUUCUGACAGAUUUGCCGUUGUGCAAGGAGCAGGAACUGUCCAGAAUGAGAACCACACAACUUCUGCAGCUUAUUUAAAAAAUAGAGGUGUUUGUUCUAUGGAGGAGCUCCAAACAAGUCUUGCUUUAUGGAAGAAGAGUCUUCCAGAAUCUCUCAAUGGAAAGUUAUGUGAAAGUACACAAUCUAUUGGUUUGUCUUCCACAGAAGGUGGAAAAGAUUAUAAAAUCAUACAAAGUUUGCAAAGUUGUACCAAUAAAUUUAUUCAGAAUGACCAAGCUCAAGUUACAUUUCAGUCAGAUGGGACAGCUCAGACUUUUGUUCCUAUAGCUCGAAAGACUCAUGAUAUAGAAAAUUCCAACCUGCUAAAGGGUGCUGAACCUCAAGUAGCUAUUGUUACUCCUUUAAUGUUGUCAAAAGACUAUGUUCAAAUUGCUGUACAAAAUAAUAGCCCAGUAUCUCAAAAUCUUAAAGAGAUAAAAGACACAAAUUGUUCAUCAUCUGAAUCAAUUAAACACCGUAAAGAUUUAGAUACAAGUCACAAAGCAAAUAUAUCUACACAAGACAAUGGAAUAAUCAAAGCUGAAACUCAGAAUAACUGCUGCUUUGAGCUAAGUCAAGUAAGAAAUAGUCACUCGCCUCCAGAAUUAAAAAGCCUACAAUCCGAACUUGAUUCAGGAGAUUAUUUGCCACCUGACAACCAAGUUUCUCAAAAAUGUGUACUAUCUCAAGCUAUUUCAGAUUUGGUAGAAGCAAGAGAUAUUGAUGAAAUUGUAGAGAAUGACACAGUGUUACAGAUAUCAAGUGUGUGCAGCCUGGUGAAAGGUGAUGCAUGUUACAAUUCCCAGAUCGCUAGUAUUUUUAAUACCAGUCCUUUGACAUCUAGCAUGGAAAAUGCCACUUCUUUGAAAGAUUGCUUGCCUUAUCUUCAGUGUAACAAUCAGCAGUCUGUUAUUCUGGAAACUGGACCUGAAUCUGAAAAAAGCAUAAGUGUUACAGAGAGAAAUGCCUUGUUGCCAUCACCAUCCACUUUAAACAAUGCUGUUGAAGAAAUAUUAAAACAAGUACCAGCUUUAGAGAUGGAUCAAAGUUACAAGACUGCAAAUGAAAUGAAUGAAAGAAAUUCUGAGGAAGACAAGAAAAAAGAAAAGAAGUUUGAACAAAAUGUAUCUGGUAUUGAUGUUCACAUUUCAGAUUUUGCCAGUGAUACCCAGGAAUUAUGUCAAAAUAAAUAUGACCAGCUCAGUUCUAGUGUUGCAGAUGACAUAGGUGGCAUUGGCAAAGAGGGUACGGCUGAAGAAAACACAGAAUCUGGAAGCAACACGGAAGCCCCUGUAACUUUCCUAAGUGAUCAGCUGACUGAACUUGCAGAAGAAUUUCCUUAUGGACUUUGCUAUUCGAAGACACUGAAUGAAACUGGAAGUAAUGAUUCUGUGCCUAAACUGAAUGAUUCUGGAAAUGUUCAGAGCUCAGAAAAAUUUCCUGAUUCCUCUGACGCAAUAGAUCAAAUUCAAAUAAUACUGAACUCUCAACAGUCGAAAGAAGUACUUCCUGAAGACAAGCAGCAGUUCUCUAACAAAUCAGUAAACUCUGAAAGUAAUGAUCUCAAAACAGAUUCAGAACAUAAGCUGACAAGAGAGAAUGUUAGCCUGAAAACUGAUAAUGCUAUAGAUGUUGAAACUGGAGUGACCUCAUCAGAAACAACUUUAACAAGCAAAAAGCAGACAUAUUGUUGCUUACAAGGUUGGUUAGCUUCAUCAUAUGCAAUGGAGCCUUGUGCAUGCAUGCAAGCUAAAGAAUCUGCUUCCAAGCAAAAAGUGGAUCUGCUUUCAGAGUCUGAAACUGCAGGGAAAGAUAAGCCAGAAGCCAGUGAGAAUUUUAAUGUCGACUUUAGACUAAACAAUCAAUUGCCAACUUCUACAUUGGAUACUGUUACCAAGAAAGUUUCUUCAGAAAUGCAAAGUGACAGAACCUUGAAUAAGAUUUCUGGACACACAAAGGCAAAGGAAAACAAGCCAUACACCAGAGAUCAAACAGCUCCUCCACUUCUAUCCUCAGAAAAGCUAACUUUACUCAAAACUGAGCAAACUAAUGCGCACCUAGAGAAAGAGUUGUCGCACGAUGCACCUUCUCAACCCUUAAAGACAGAAAUGGAAGCAGUUGAAAUUGAUGUGAGGCGAGAUCAUGUAGACGCAGGAAGGAAUUCAUUUACAGCUGAAGCACAGCAUCUUUCAAACAUGGCAGAUGUAAUUGCCAGAAAUCUCUGCAGAUCUGAUUCCUCUAGCAAACAAAGAAAUGAAAAACUAGAUGUAAAAUUAAAGACAGAUGCUGAUCGACACAGACCUAUAAUAAGUAAACACAGAACAAACGGCGAAAGAUAUAAAAUUAAGUGGGACUCUAGUGAAACGCACAUGAUUAAGGGACCCAUUAAGAGUCUGAAAAGAAAAAAGGCAAUUGAAAGAAAGCGUAAAGCUUUGGCAGUCCACCAUAAUGAUGACAUAAAUGAUUCAAAUGCAAAUGGUGUUGGCUCUGAUCUUAGGAAGCACGAGAAUCCCCAGUGUAUGUCUACCUCACAUUCACAAGAACAUUUAAAUGUAAAGAAAUGUAUAAUAGAUUUGGAGAAAAAAUUUGGAUACAAGAAAGUAAACUAUAAAGAACCAACGUCUUCUGAGUCUACUGUUCACCGUUCUGACAGUACUGAAAACCAUUCUGAGUGCACUAAACCAAAAAUGAAAAAGAUAAAUUUGGAAAAAUAUGCAUAUUCAAAAGACAGACAGAAUGCUUGGAAAUGUAGAAGUUCUCAUUUAGAGAACAACAAAACUCUGACACCACAAAAACAAAGGAUGCGACCCCUCAAAGCAUCUAGGAUGUUUUCUCCAGGCAAAGAAGCAAUGUUAGAUGCUAAUAAAAGAGACAAGAGGGUUGAGAGAUCUCUUUCCGAUAAAAUGUCUUGUUUUAGUAGAAGAACUGGUAAACUGUCCCUAUCUCUUCAUAGGGAACCAAAGAAAACCUACUUGAACCGAGUUGCAUUUAAACGGACUACGCACAAAACUAUUUGUCUAACAAACUUAGAACCAUGGCAUUCCAAAUCGGAUUGGCAAGUGAAAUCAAGUAGUCUUUCAGGAUCGUCUAAAGAUAACAGCAAAAGCAGCUCAUCUCCCCAAAAGCCUGAAGAAGAGAAACUAUCAAUUCAAUUCAAAACCUGUCCAGAUAUACUGUUUAGAAAUCCAGUCACCGAAGAACAAGCAUUAGAUGAAGAAAACCCUCCUGAGAAAGGCAGAACCCCAGUCACAGCUAUCAAAAGUAAAAGAGAAGACUGGAUAAUGGGUGCUCCCACAAAAAGGAAAAAAACAGAGGAAAAUAAAUCUCAAGUUGAUGAAGAAAUCCCACUUGAAACUGCAAUAAAAUUACUGGAAAGAAAUGAAACAUUUGGUAUGCCUCUGAAAGAAACAACAUAUGAGACCUAUCGGAAAAUGCACCUGGAAAAAAGCAGAAGCUUGAAUAGCAGUCCUGUGGAUUAGAUGUCUGUAAAUUUCAGCAAUACUUUGAGCAUGUUUCCUGGAAGAUACAUGCUCUCAUCUUAUUUCUCCAAAGCCAUCAGAACUUUUACAUAUGUAAUAAAAUGCAACUGAUAAAUUGGAAACUGUUGAAAUAAAGUUAUUGAAUAUUUCUACAUGUUAGAGGUUUUGUUAAUAUGUUUCCAUCACUAUUUAAAUUGUUUUUUAAAUUCUUAACACAUCAAAUAUGUCACAAUAUUGAAAUGAUAAACAUUUUUGGUGUUUUUUCAUUGUAAUUUAUCAAGAUGAAAGCACUGCCAUCCCAAAGAUAACCCAGGAAUGUUGGCCUGGAAUCUUGCCCUGGAUAUUUUGAGGGGCAUAUAAUAAUUUCAUGUUGCCUUCUUUGGGGUGGUAGUUGAAUAAAGUGGGCAAGCCUCUGCAGUAUUUAUUGCAGGCAUUGGGAAUUAUGAAUGCUGCUACCCAGUUUAUCUGGUUCACUGACUUUAUCAGAAAGCUGCCUUUUAUAUUGUGUUUAACUUCUGUUAUUUGAUAUAUGAAUUUAUGUAUGCUGUUUCUAAUGAAAGAAUGCAAAGGUUAUUGUUAAAUACUCGUAUUCUGGUUAAAAUGUUAAUGGAUAUGGAAACCCAACAUUUUGACCAAAACUUCCUCGAGGGUUCAGAUUUCAUUUGAAUUCUCAUUCAGUUAUAUAUAUUGUACACAUCUUUCCAUAAGCUAUAUUAGCUAACUACAGACUUGUAUACCCUAAAAACUGUUAGGCCGUUGAGUAUUCUUUUAUAAGUACCUUUUGUAUUUUUUGGUAUUUUGGAAAUUAUUUUGUAAUAUUGUGGCAUUAAUAAAUGUUCUGUUUUUUUAAAAACUGUCCAGUUAUGCGCGCACACACAAUAAUAACAAUAAAAGUACAUUUAUUUUUUCA